GGGCGUGGGCAGCGGCAAGAUGGAGGCGGCGGCGGCGGAGGAGCUGUCGUCCUCGGGGGAGGCGGAGCGGCUGGACUUCCUGCGGGAGCGGCACGUGCGCUUCUUCCAGCGCUGCCUGCAGCUCCUGCCCGAGCGCUACUCCUCGCUGGAGACCAGCAGGUUGACAAUUGCAUUUUUCGCGCUCUCUGGUCUGGAUAUGUUGGAUUCCUUAGAUGUGGUGAACAAAGAUGAUAUAAUAGAAUGGAUUUAUUCCCUGCAGGUCCUUCCCACAGAAGACAGCUCAAACUUGAAUCGCUGUGGAUUCAGAGGCUCUUCAUAUUUAGGGAUGCCAUUCAAUCCCUCCAAGGGUCCAGGUGUAUUUCAUCCCUAUGAUAGUGGGCACAUAGCAAUGACUUACACAGGUCUGUCAUGUCUGGUUAUUCUUGGAGAUGAUUUAAGUCGAGUAAACAAAGAUGCCAUACUGGCAGGACUGAGAGCUCUCCAGCUAGAGGAUGGAAGUUUCUGUGCAGUGCUCGAAGGAAGUGAGAAUGAUACGAGGUUUGUGUACUGUGCUUCCUGCAUCUGCUACAUGCUCGAUAACUGGUCAGGCAUGGAUAUGAAAAAAGUGAUAGACUAUAUUAGAAGAAGUAUGUCUUAUGAUAAUGGCCUGGCACAGGGAGCUGGACUGGAAUCUCAUGGUGGCUCUACAUUUUGUGGUAUUGCAUCGCUAUGUUUGAUGGGUAAACUGGAGGAAGUUUUUUCAGAAAAAGAACUGAACAGAAUAAGAAGAUGGUGUAUAAUGAGGCAACAGAAUGGCUACCAUGGACGACCCAACAAACCUGUAGACACUUGCUAUUCCUUUUGGGUGGGAGCAACAUUGAAGCUCUUGAAUAUAUUCGAAUAUACAAAUUUUGAGAAAAACCGAAAUUACAUCCUGUCAACUCAAGAUCGUCUUGUUGGUGGAUUUGCCAAGUGGCCAGAUAGCCAUCCAGAUGCUUUACAUGCCUACUUUGGGAUCUGUGGUUUGUCGUUAAUUGGAGAACCUGGUAUUUGCCAAGUUCAUCCCGCCCUGAAUGUAAGCACAAGAACCACAGAGCGCCUUCACCACCUUCAUCAGAUCUGGAACAAGGACUCUAAACAGUGUUCAGACAACACACACGUCUCUACAUGACUGAUUUAGACUUGAAUGUAGUUCUGGUAGCAUAAUUGUAGCCCAAGGUUAAAAGCCAUGUAUAACCAAUGUGCUCUUUUAAGUGCUGGAGUCAUACAAUCAGAUCUGUGUUGGUGGCAUCACUUUGAUAGGGAGUUGCCUUCAGCAGGUUAUUCUGCAUUGUGAAAAAAGGAAGUAUUUUGAUUAUAUAGAAGUUUGUCACCACAGACUGUAAGUGGCUCUUCAAAUGGCUUUACUUCUGAGAAUCCCUUGAGGCAUUUAAACUUCAUUUUUAUUUUAUUUUUUUAAAUUUGUGCAUACUGUGUCAAAAUAUAUAAUGGGGAAGUAUUUUCAAAAUCUGUUUACAUAUCAUACGGUAUAGCACAGAACCUUGGAGUUCUUUAUGACCUUAAUGUUUGACAUAUUUUUGGUAGAGAAUCUCCCAUUUUAAGUCUCGGUUAAAAGUUACCUUUUAUCGUCUACUUUCAGAUUCCAUAAACUUUGUUAAAAAAAAAAAAAAUAAAAUUUUAUUCAGUA